UGUUAAAUAAGAAUAAAAUUAUUCCUAAUAAAUCUAAUUUUUUUUUAACUUUGCGUCACGUUUACUUCGAGAGUUUCUUGAGAUGUAAACUGUCAUGGUGGCCAAAGUGGUGGUCUGCAAGUUAAUUUAAGAAAACUUAAAUCUUUUCGUCGAUAUGGCAAGCGAUGACGGUGUCAUUUUAACAAAUGAUGAUGCAGCACAAUGUAAGCGCUUUGCAGUGGAGAAGAAAUACUGGAAUGAUCCUUAUAUUUCUCUCCUGACGUCCAGAAGCUCUGCCAAACAUGCUCCCGAAAUCAGUCGCGGCUACUAUGCCAGAGUGACUGCUAUGCGUACACUUUUACACAAAUUUCUCAUGUUGACAGAUAGGAAUUGCCAAGUUGUCAAUCUUGGUGCUGGAUCAGAUACAAAUUACUGGUUGUUAAAAGAAUUGGAUUUAUUCCCUAAGUCUUUCAUAGAAAUGGACUUUAAGUCCGUGACAGCGAGGAAAGUUGCCCAAAUAAAACGCCAUGAAGUGCUUUUACAAACCAUCGCUUCUGAAGAUGAGGAUAUAAGACUGAGCAAGUCAGAAAUUCACGGAAGCGACUAUCACCUGGUGGAUGCUGAUUUGUCCAUUCUGUCUCAAGUGGAGAAGAAGUUACACGAGUCAGGGAUAGAUAAAAAUUUACCAACAUUAUUCAUGGCAGAGUGCGUUCUAGUUUACAUUGAUAACCUGAAAACCAAGGAACUAUUGAAAUGGAUUGCAGAUCAGUUUCCUGUUGCUAUGUUUAUCAACUAUGAACAGGUAAACAUGGCAGAUCGGUUUGGUGAUAUUAUGAUAGAGAAUUUAAAGUCAAGAGAUUGCUUCCUGGCUGGAGUGGAACAUUGUAAAAGUUUAGAGACCCAGAAACAGAGGUUUCUUGAUGUUGGAUGGGAGGGUGCUGAUGCCAUGGAAAUGUUACAGAUUUAUAAAUGUCUGCCACAGGUUGAUGUCCACAGGAUAGAGAGAUUAGAAUUUAUGGAUGAAAAAGAACUCUUGGAGCAACUUUUGAGCCAUUACUGCUUGGCUUGGGCGUGGAAGGAUCCAAAUAACUUAGGACUUGCAGCUUUGGAUGUGACAUGACGGUAACAAGGGGAACAACUCUACACCUGCCUAAGACUGGCCCUAUGCUGCUUCGUGAAAUCCUACAGACUUACACAGCUUCAUGUUCUCUGUUCCGCCAGUUAUCACAUAUAUACAGAAUUUAUAUGUAUUUUAUACUGCUGUGUUGUGAAUUCAGAAUCAAUCUUGUUGAUGAUGUAUUGUGGCUGCUUUUAUUAAAGAUGCAAAAUAGUUUAUAAAA